AGUUAGAGCGCUGAAAUGGUAUAAUUUUACAAAAACACAUAACAAAUCUGGGUGGCGUCGGGGCAUUUCCAUCUACAGCCGUCGUAGUUGACGGACUUUGAUGGCCACUCGAUCUUCAUCCUAUAAGAAGAGACACACGAAGCAGCGAUCAAUGCCUCCUCAUUCUCCUCAAUUCCCAGUUCCUGCUUCUCGCCGAUUCUUCUCUUCUCGGAGGAGGAUCUCGACGAUGAUGAUUCCUCUUGCUCUCUUCUCCGCCGCCAUUUUUCUCUUCUUUAUGCCCUUCAACGGCUCUGGAAGAUCGUCUGAUUCGUCGUGGGAUCUUUUAUCUGCGAUCCAUGAAAUUGAAGUUGUUGCUGAGUUUCCUCAUGAUCCAAACGCGUUUACUCAGGGUCUUCUUUAUGCGGGAGAGGAUACACUCUUCGAAUCAACUGGUCUAUACGGACAGUCCUCAGUCAGGAAAGUGUCUCUUCGGACAGGAAAGGUUGAAGUUAUCGAAAAAAUGGGCGACAAGUACUUUGGAGAGGGUUUGACACUCCUUGGAGAAAGCCUCUUUCAAGUUGCAUGGUUGACGACCACGGGUUUCACAUAUGAUCUUCGCAACUUAACCAAAGUAAAACCAUUUAAACAUCAUAUGAAAGAUGGAUGGGGAUUGGCUACUGAUGGAAAAGUGUUGUUUGGAAGUGAUGGCACUUCUACUCUAUACCGGAUGGACCCUCGAACAAUGAAAGUUACUGAUAAGCAUGUAAUCAAAUAUAAUGGCCUUGAAGUACGAUACCUUAAUGAACUCGAGUACAUAAACAAUGAAGUUUGGGCGAACGUUUGGCAGUCUGAUUGUAUUGCUAGAAUUUCACCCAAGGAUGGAUCGCUACUUGGAUGGAUACUUCUUCCCGAAUUAAGACAAGGAUUGCUGCAUUCGGGACAUGGGGGUAUUGAUGUCUUGAAUGGUAUAGCAUGGGACAGCGACAAGAAGCGUCUCUUUGUAACGGGGAAACUGUGGCCGAAGCUGUACGAAAUCAAGCUAAAACCAGCAGCAGCAAAAAGCGAGAGACAAAUCGCGCGACAAUGCUUGAUAUGAAAAGAAAAAAAGAUAAGAGGGGUAAUUGUUAGAAUGUACACUGUUGUACACCAUACAUUCUCAACAUUAGCAGAAAAGUGUAGCCUGAGGGGGUCCAUGACCCAAGUUGCAUUUACUAGUUUUGUAUCUUUCUCUAUUCCAUCUUGGGGUCCGAAAUAAAAAUAGAAAAAUAACAAUA